AAUGAGCUAGAGUUAUAAGCCUUUGCUCAUUUUCUCAUAAAACUUUUGUAUUGAAAUUCUCAAUGACAGAUCAAUUUAUUACAUCCUUAUUUGUGCUUUUGAGUUCCUUGGGAUGCAGUAUUGCAUCAUCAACAUCAAUUUAGAGUCCAUAGAUAAUUAAGAAUUGUCAGAGAUUCAAUGCUACAUGACCUGUUAGAUUUUGUAGAAGAAAGAGCAAUCUAUACAUGACAAAGUCUGAUUAUUUUAGUGCAGUGCACUGGAAAAACUGGUCAGAUUGUGUUUUCCUUUUAAAAGUAAAUGUUGGAGAAGCUGAAACCAUGAUGAGUGUGAAGUGUAAAUUUUUUUUUAUUGAGUUGGAAUUCACAUAACAUAAAAUUAACCAUUUUACUAGGAACAGUUCAUUGGAAUUUAUCACAGUGAUGUGCAGUGAUCUCCAUCUAGUUCCAAACAUGUCCAAGAUAAUAUUAAAAGAAAGGUAACUUGUAAAACUAAGAAGAAAAUCAUUGUAUAUAACUAAUGAUUUUACUCAUGGGGAGUGAGAAAAUAAUAGUUUCUCUCAAAGUAAUCAGAUUAUAAACAUGGGAUUUAAUAAAAAAAAAUCAUGUCUGUAUAAAAUUCUCACAUCCUCAUCUUUGAGAUCCUUUACUGUCUCCUGAACUGCAGCUGAAGAUCAAAGGACCUAAACUUAUAAAGAACAAAAUGUGCCAGAGUAAAUAGAUCAUUUGUUACAAAAUGAGGACACAGUCCCAGAGUCGGUAUCAGACAUUCAAUACAGCUUCUCACAACAUGAUUCUUACAAGUAAGUCAAACUAUCUUUACUGAAAUAAUUUUCACUGGGUAAAAAUAAAGGAGAAUCAGAGUCUUGAUUCACCCUCAAAGUGGGGAGAAAAAUACCUGCCCAGUAAAGUGAAACGGGUUUCAUCUUAGCCUGUUUAGCAUUAUGAGUAAAAUAGAAGAACAUUGGCAAGCCCAUGAAUUUGGUUUUCCCUGAGAGAACUUUUCUGUUUAGGUGAAGAGAGAACUGCAGGAAAAACAGUUCAAUAUUGGGUUAUUCCUAACUUUCCAUCUCGUAAAAUGAUCUAUACAAAACAUAAGAUUAUGUAGCCUAACUUGACUUGAAGUAGCAGAGGAAUUUGAGUGUUUUCUAUUGGAUGAUAUAAUAAGGGGCUGCCCUCAUGGCUCAGCAGGUAAAGAAUCUGCCUGCAGUGCAGGAGACAUGGGAGAUGCAGGUUUGAUCCCUGGGUCAAGAAGAUCCCCUGGAGAAGGAAAUGGCAAUCCACUCUAGUAUUCUUGCCUGAAAAAUACCAUGGCAGUUGAGAGUUAAUAUAGUUGGGGUAACAAAGUUUCCCUGGAUGAAAAUAAAUUCAUAAAAGCCAUAUUUGGAAAUAGUUAUAAAUUUGAUAAGCAUGUAUCUGAACUGAUCAUUAGAAGAUGUGAACAAAUAGAGUGGAGUAUAGAGGGCAUUUUGAAUAGAUAGAUGGACAUGAAAAAAGUCUACCAAUUUAUUAGAGGUGCCAUGAUCUGUGUAAUUGAAUUACAAUUAAAAAUAAAACCAAACAAAACAUGUGUAUUGAAUGGCUAGCAUAGCUCUAGUAUGCGACAGCCAGAUACUAAUAGCCCUGGCCUUUAGAGAAAUUGCAUUUUUCCCCAUCCAUCCUAUAUAUGUCACAUAAUUAAGUAGUAACACCUGGGAAGAUGUACCCCAACAAAAAUAAAGUUAAAGAAUGAUGUAUCUUUGACUUGGGACCAUGAAGGAGUUCCAUGGAGGGGCUGAGAUGUGAGCUGGGGGAAGAUUUUCAAAUGGAUGGGAAGAAGCUAACAGAUCCACUUGAGUACUUGGUCCUCUCAUAAGAAGCAGCAAGUUUUAGGGAUCCUUUUAAGUCCUGAAGCUUUCUUGUGAAAAUCGUGAUUAAUUCAUUAGCAAUGAAUAAAUCAUUAUAAUUUAUACAUAGUCAUCCUCAAAGAUUGCAAUCCAAAAAAUGAAAUCACUGCUAUCAUCAUGGUAUUAGAUAUCACAAAGUAAAUUCUAUGUUUUGGCCAUAAACUUACAGAGCAAGGGUCGUCUUUUUCAGAGAUAAACAUUUUCAUUGGGAAAUAACCAAUACACCAAAAAAAAAAGUAAAAGAGAAAGUAAGUUUAUGUAAUAUGGUCAUCCUCUUUCAUCUGCUGGAAGUAUGCUAAAUAUUUCUGAUAAUAAAAUAAAUAAAAGGGAUGCAGAUGUAGUAGCCUAGCUUGACUUGAAGUAGCAGAGGAAUUUUAGUAUUUUCUAUUGGACAACAUAAUAGAAGGCUUCCCUGAUGGCUCAGUGGGUAAAGAAUCUGCCUGCAGGAGACACAGGAGAUGCAGGUUCAGUCCUGGGUCAGGAAGAUCCCCUAGAGAAGGAAAUGGCAGCCCACUCCAGUAUUCUUGCCUGAAAAAUCCCAUGGACAGAGGAGCCUGGUGGGCUCAAAGGGUCGCAAAGAGUCGGACACACCUGAGCAUAAGCACUCACGUAUGCACAACAUAAUGGGAUUGUUUUCUUCAUUGAAGCUGGUUUAGAAGGAAGCUGGAAUACUGUGUAUCAGAAAUAUAAGUGCGUUUUGACUUGGUUCUGCUGAAUCUCAUUCUGCAUUACUGCAGAGCCUCUUGACCCAGGUUGACUUACUAACAUUGACUUUAACUGUUGUGGUGGAUUAACUGCGGUUGCAAAUUCCUUGUCACUCUCUCCAUCAAGGUUUAUCUCCCCUUUCCUUGAAUCUCAGUUGGCACUGUGACUAUUUGGCCAAUAGGAUGCAAUGGAAAUGAGCCUGUACCACUUCCAAAGUCAGUCUUAAGGAGGACUGGCAGCUUAUGCUUCCUCGCUCUUGGGCUGUAUCUUCUCAGAACGCAGCUGCCGUGUGUGAGAAGUCCAGGCCACAUGGAGAAGCCACAUGUUGGUGCACCAUCUGACAGUCCCAGCUGAGUUCCUGGCUGACACCUGGCAUCAGCUGCUAGUCAUGUGUGUGAAUCUUGACUUUUUCAGCUCAGUUACACCUCCAAUGGAUUGCAGCCCUAGCUGAUAUCUAAUGGAGCAGAAGAACCACUCAGCUGAACCCAGUAAUCCUGUGGGCUAGUGAGAUGUAAUACAGUGGUUGUUAGUUUAACAACAAAUGUAAUGUGUUUCAGGGCAAUUUGUUUCAUAGCAAUAUGUAACUGAAAUCUUGAGAUCUUCCCAAGAUCUCAGAACAGAGACUAUGGAAGAGCUCUUCUAUUUAAACUAUAAACAGAUCAUAUGUAAAUAACAUAUGCUUAAUUCUUGCAACUUCUCAAGAUCACUAGGCAGAAUUUUAGAAGGCUCUUGUUCUGGAAACUCGGCACCUUUAAGUUCAUUUAGCAACUACAUUAAAGUAAAAUUAAAAUGCCUAUUUCAUUGUUACACUUUCUGGUUCUCUUAUUUUUCCUAUUGAAGUAAUAGGUAAACAAUAUGUAAUCAGAUGCCUUCUUUUGAUUAAAAACAAGAAACAGUAUUAUUUGGUAGAAAUAGCAUGAGUCACAAUUUUGUUCAAAAUCGGUGCUAUUGGUGCUAUUGUUUAAAAGCUAUGUGUUCAUAGCUGAAUUAUAUAAGCUGCCUGGGUCCUUUUUUUUUUUUUUUAACAAAAAAGAUAAUAUGUUCUGUAUAGAAUUUAGUGAAGAUCGGAAAUCGUGUAUGGCAAGAACCUAGCAGAGUGCCUGGAAUCACAGUGGAGCUCUACAAAGGUAGCUUCUGUUGUUAUAGAAGAGGUGGUUAUGUGGUUUUAAAAAGGUAAUAAUAAUUUGUUUCUUGUUAAUUGUUUGUUUAAGGGGACAUGGAAAUAUGGGUGUUCCUGAGCUUUAUUGAAGAUGGAGGCUAAAGGGUUAAAGUGACAUAUGCUUGCAAUUCUUCUUAAAAACAUGUAUGUUCUAGUCAAAGAAAUUCUGACCCUCAAUCCCAUUCAUUUCACCCUGUAUUCACUUCUUUAUUGCUAGUAAGACUUGCUAAAGGGAUAAAGGCAACUUCUGACUCCUCGUCUCAAGUAUAGACCUAAUGGAGAAUUCCUUUUAUUCUUUACCUCCUGUCCUACUCCCGUUCUCAAUUACAUUUACCUUCCAACUGCGUGGGAAGCAACGCCAUGGGAGGCUGGCUUUCUGCAAACUGAUCUUAGCUCCAAGAAGCCACUUGCCUCUCCAGGGAGGACACAUAUAUAUCCCACAGUGUGAUUUGUGUAGUCUGUCUCUUAAGUUCCUAUCCUUUACAUAAUCCAUUCUUUUCCUUUGUAAGUGCUGGUCAUCUUUAAUAUGAUGGCUAGAGCAAUGCCCACUAAUUACUUUGUCUGCUGAAUAUGUUUGUUCUUAAUGAUUUAAGGCAAGGCAAAUAGUUGGUAUUGGCGCAACUGAAGGAGCACUUAUCUUAAUUACAGGUUACUCUUCUCAGUCCCUUCGCUUCCCUACCUGAUCUGGGCUCUGAACUCUGUGUUAGUCUUUGAAAUCCAGGUGACCUUGGCUAUGGGUGAAAUGCCAGUGUAUGAGUAUGAUACUUGCGUGAAAUACUGGUUUGGUGCAGAAUCAUGAAAUUAAGUACCACAAAUUUAACCUGGGUGAUAUCUAAAGGAAUUAUAAAUGAUCCUAAUUUAGCAUAAGUAUUUACUUGCCUAACUGAUUUUGAGCAUUCCAUGAAUAAUGAUCAUUAAAAUCUUAAUUCCUCUCAGUCUGAAUUCUGUAAAUGCCUCCCUAUAGAUUUUCGAUGAUGUGAAAUUGCAUGUCCGUUGCUUGAAUCUUUACGAAAAAUCUUUCUGCUUUCAAAUCAAAUAGUUAAAAGUUAGAAAGUGGGCAUAGGAAUUAUUUUAAAGUACGAGUUACUGCUAUAUAAAUGCAGGUUAUGUAAAGGUGAACUUAAGGAUAAUUCAUUUUGCCCAGAAGCUUGUCAGAGCCAUAAUUACAAUUAUGCAAAUUGGUUCAGGCUUUUGUUGUUGUUGUUAGUUAUAGUACUGCAAACACAUUUUAAGAUAUCAGUACCCUUUAAAUCACUUAUAAUUAUGGGCUAAUUUCAUUUUGAAAGAAUGAUAAUAUUAUCUCAUGCCCACUUAGAAGCUUAAAAAUAUUUCAAAGCAGUGGAGAUUGUGUUUUACAAAUAUAACGUGCUUAAAAAGCAGAUUCUCUCCGGACUUCAACUUUAAAUUUUAUUGCUUCUGGGACUCACAUGAUGCUUAUGUAGUAUGGAUUUAGAGACAGCUUUUAAGACUCCUAUUGACAUAGGUGAACAAAAUGGUUCCUUGGAAACCAUUCAGGUGUCCAGUCACAGUAAAGCAUGGAUUAAAGAUUCAGAUGCAGACAUGCAGUGAACAGGAGGGUCUGGGCUGCCUGUUCUCUGUAUUAAGGACAGUGCAUUUCUUCCAGCCUUUUAACCACUGCUGUUUUAAAAGGAAAAAGAAAAGAGUCGGCAGUGAAACUAUCUUUAAGGUAAAGCUCCUGAAACUUAACCCUAAAGGCGUGCUCUUACAGAAAAGUCUUCUUAAUCCUUGCAGUGCAGUUAUAGCUGAGGACAUGUGGUAUACAUUACAGCGCUCAGGGAAUUCAGCCUCUGCAGUGUGGAGUCACAAUGAAGGCUAAUUUCAAGGCGAAGCGGGAGCCUCCUCUCUAGCUGUUACUUACUGGUGUUCCUUGUUGGCUGGACGUCAGUCCGGGACUGCUGUGAGUGGGACAGAAGGAUGGAAAUUUAAAGGGGACCAGUGUAUGUACAUAAAGACCUCUCUCCCCUCCCUGAGCACCCCCUUCUCCAAUGUAUAUUCCACACUUCACACUUGGGCAUCACCAAGUCUUACCCAAUCAUUGUGACAAGGGCUGAAGGCAGAGCUGUCCAUGGUUAGGAGGAAAAAAAAAACAAUGUUCUUGCUGUUGGUUGAAACACCAGGCAAUAACAGUCCUCUCGGUGAACAAAACUUAUUAGAGGGCUGGGGACGGAAUGCUAUCUCUCUGCAGCAGGCAGGAAGAAAUUGCUGUUGAAAAGCUUACCUCUCUAGGGAGGAAUCAGAUAUCAGACUUUGCCAAGCCUCAGGUCCAACCCAUAAGGUCCCACCUACAUCCAACCCCCCGCCUCAUCCUAGCUUUGUUAGAUUGCUAGCAUUGAUCGCUGGCUUUUUCUGACCCAACAGUGGGUGCAGAAGAGAGCACCAGGGAGACUUUAGAGCAUAGGAGGUGGGGAUGGAAGAUUAGGGCAGCUUUGGUAGGGAGGAAAAAAAAGAGAGAGAGAAGGAGGCUAGCCGGGUGAGGGCCAUGGGGACUCAGCUUAACUGCUGUCUGCCUGCUUCUCUUUGAUUUGAUGGCCUUUAUUCCUUCUAAUUGGAUAAAAUAGGAAGUCACUGGCAGUCCCGCCUUGCUGGGUUAUCCUGAUUCUACUCAGACCAGCCAGCAGCCCCAGAGUGCGGAUAGAGGGGUGGGGGUUGGGAGAGGAGGGAGGUAAAAAAGAAAGAGAGAGGGGAGAGAGAGAGUCUCUGGAUGAGGAGGAGGACGGCAAGGGGAAGAGACUGUGGAGAAGGCAGGAGCCGCAGAGGAAGAAAGUGAAUGAGCGCUCAGGAAGGACAAAGAGGAGUGGCUGGUGGGGUGGGGGAGAAGGCAGGGCGGCGAGCGCGGUGACCGCCCCUCCCGGCCGCGCUCUCGCCUCCAGCUCGCUCUGCGAUGAGACGGUUCGCUGUGAUGCUCGGAGGGCAGGCACCUGCUGCUCUGUGAUGAUUCAGCCCCUUUCAGCCGCCGCGCUCACACCACAGGAUGCUGUUGCUACUGUCUCUGCUGCCGCUCCUGCCGCCGCCGCUGCUGCCGCCGCCGCCGCCGCCGCUGGUCCUGCUCCUGCUUUUACUUCUUCUGCAUGACAGUUGCUUUCUCCAUCUGAGCAGACCCCAGUUUCAGCUGCUCGAGGUGAGAAACAUGCCUUUCAGUUUGGGCUACUGGUUUACUUAACCGACCGCCUCCACAUCAGCUCCUGGGUUUCUCCGCUGGCCUCCCGUCUUCCUGACCCAGCCAGGAUGGUUUGGAGAAGCAUAUAAAAGAACUGCAAAAGUGGCCCAGAAACAGCAGUCAAGAAUUACAAUAUACUUUUAUUUGGUUGUUGCUAGAGGUUUUUUUUGUUUUUUUGUUUUUGGCCUCCCCUGCCUUCCUCCUGAACUCCUCUUGCUUUUGAUAAUGGCCUUGGACUUGGACGACUUAUCGAUUUCUCCCUGUAAGAUGCUGUAUCAUUUGGUUGGGGGGGGCUCUGCAUGGUAAUGGACAGUGUGAGAGGCCAGGCCUCCUGGAGGUGAGCCGAUGGAGAUUUAUUCCCCAGACAUGUCCGAGGGAGCUGCUGAGAGGUCCUCCAGCCCUUCCACUCAGCUGAGUGCAGACCCAUCUCUGGACGGGCUUCCGGCAGCCGAAGACAUGCCGGAGACCCAGACUGAAGAUGGGAGGUCCCCAGGGCUCGUGGGCCUGACUCUUCCCUGCUGCGUCUGCCUGGAAACCGAGCGCCUGAGAGGUUGCCUCAACUCAGAGAAAAUCUGCAUCGUCCCCAUCCUGGCUUGCCUGGUCAGCCUCUGCCUCUGCAUCGCUGGCCUCAAGUGGGUGUUUGUGGACAAGAUUUUUGAGUAUGACUCUCCCACUCACCUUGACCCUGGGGGAUUAGGCCAGGAUCCUAUUAUUUCUCUGGAUCCAACUGCAGCUUCAGCUGCUGUGUGGGUAUCAGCCAAGGCGUACACUUCACCUGUCUCCAGGGCUCAGUCUGAAACUGAGGUUCGAGUUACAGUGCAAGUUGACAAUGCCCUUGGGUCCUCCGAGCCUUCGGCGGUCCCCACCCCCAAGAACCGUAUCUUCGCUUUUUCUUUCCGGCCGUCCACUGCUCCAUCCCUCCCUUCACCCACUCGGAGCCCUGACGUGAGAACACCCAAGGCAGCCACUCAGCCACCAUCAACAGAAACUAAUCUCCAAACUGCUCCUAAACUUUCCACAUCCACAUCUACAGCUGGGACAAGCCAUCUUGUCAAGUGUGCAGAGAAGGAGAAAACUUUCUGUGUGAAUGGAGGCGAGUGCUUCAUGGUGAAAGACCUUUCAAAUCCCUCAAGAUACUUGUGCAAGUGCCCAAAUGAGUUUACUGGUGAUCGCUGCCAAAACUACGUAAUGGCCAGCUUCUACAAGCAUCUUGGGAUUGAAUUUAUGGAAGCGGAGGAGCUCUACCAGAAGAGAGUGCUCACCAUUACCGGCAUUUGCAUCGCGCUGCUCGUGGUUGGCAUCAUGUGUGUGGUGGCCUACUGCAAAACCAAGAAACAACGGAAAAAGCUUCAUGACCGGCUUCGGCAGAGCCUUCGGUCUGAAAGAAACACCAUGAUGAAUGUAGCCAACGGGCCCCACCACCCCAAUCCACCCCCCGAGAACGUGCAGCUGGUGAAUCAAUACGUAUCUAAAAAUGUCAUCUCUAGCGAGCAUAUUGUUGAGAGAGAGGCGGAGACGUCUUUUUCCACCAGUCACUACACUUCGACAGCUCAUCAUUCCACUACUGUCACUCAGACUCCCAGUCACAGCUGGAGCAAUGGACACACUGAAAGCAUCAUUUCAGAAAGCCACUCUGUCAUCGUGAUGUCAUCCGUAGAAAACAGUAGGCACAGCAGCCCCACUGGGGGCCCGAGAGGACGUCUCAAUGGCUUGGGAGGCCCUCGUGAAUGUAACAGCUUCCUCAGGCAUGCCAGAGAAACCCCUGACUCCUACCGAGACUCUCCUCAUAGUGAAAGGUAUGUAUCAGCAAUGACCACCCCGGCUCGUAUGUCACCUGUAGAUUUCCACACGCCAAGCUCCCCCAAGUCACCCCCUUCGGAAAUGUCCCCGCCCGUGUCCAGCACGACGGUCUCCAUGCCCUCCAUGGCAGUCAGUCCCUUCGUGGAAGAGGAGAGACCCCUGCUUCUUGUGACGCCACCACGGCUGCGGGAGAAGUAUGACCACCACGCACAGCAAUUCAACUCGUUCCACUGCAACCCCGCGCAUGAGAGCAACAGCCUGCCCCCCAGCCCCUUGAGGAUAGUGGAGGAUGAGGAAUAUGAAACGACCCAGGAGUACGAACCAGCUCAAGAGCCGGUUAAGAAACUCACCAACAGCAGCCGGCGGGCCAAAAGAACCAAGCCCAAUGGUCACAUUGCCCACAGGUUGGAAAUGGACAACAACACAGGCGUUGACAGCAGUAACUCAGAGAGCGAAACAGAGGAUGAAAGAGUAGGAGAAGAUACGCCUUUCCUGGCCAUACAGAACCCCCUGGCAGCCAGUCUCGAGGCGGCCCCUGCCUUCCGCCUGGUCGACAGCAGGACUAACCCAACAGGCCGCUUCUCUCCGCAGGAAGAAUUGCAGGCCAGGCUCUCCGGUGUAAUCGCUAACCAAGACCCUAUCGCUGUCUAAAACCGAAAUACACCCAUAGAUUCACCUGUAAAACUUUAUUUUAUAUAAUAAAGUAUUCCACCUUAAAUUAAACAAUUUAUUUUAUUUUAGCAGUUCUGCAAAUAGAAAACAGGAAAAAAAAAACUUUUAUAAAUUAAAUAUAUGUAUGUACAAAUGUGUUAUGUGCCAUAUGUAGCAAUUUUUUUACAGUAUUUCCAAACGAGAAAGAUAUCAAUGGUGCCUUUAUGUUAUGUUAUGUCCAGAGCAAGUUUUGUAUCAUUCCGUGACUGCUUUUUCACAGUAUUUCAGCAACCCUCCACCCCAUAAUAUUCUGUUUUUUGCUGGCUUCUCGUGCAUUGCAUUAUGAUGUUGACUGGAUGUAUGAUUUACAAGAUUUGCACCUGUCUCUCUGUUUGCUUCGAGUAGUACUCAAUCAGGAUGUCUUGUAAUGGCGCAUCCAUCCAAUACUCCCCCUCUGUAUGAGAUUUUUCUUUUGCUUUCCGUAUGUGAAAUGAGUUGUGUCUACUCUGCCAGCCAAAGGUUUGCUUCACUGGGCUCUGAGAUAAUAGUAGAUCCAGCAGCAUGCUACUAUUAAUUACAGCAGGAAACUGCAUUAAGUCAUGUUACAUAUUAGGAAGAAAGUAAUAUUGUGAUUUUUUUCAAAAACUAUAUUAUUCAUCAGAAGACAGCUCGCUCUGACUUAAAAGAAGCUACCAUUUACUUUAUGCAGAUUGAUUUUUCUCAACAAAAGAAAAAAAACAAGUUUUGGGGCUAGCACGCAAAGUGGAUGCUGGCUAGCGAUCAGGGUGAGGUCCAGCCCUAAGCUGAGGACUCGCUUUUACUUUCUGUCUCUGGGGGAAUGAUACAGUGGCUCAUCUAAUUGAAGAGCAAACCAUGGCUGGAAAAGGUGCAAUCAUUCUUGACUUGUGUUUUUUCACUGAUUUGGGAGCUAGUGAUUGGUUGUGUCUUCUCGGCUCAAGGACAGACAUGUUAUGGCACAAAAACCCCCAGCUUCAACAGCACACUCAGCAAUUUGUCUGGAAUACUUCUGGAAUGAAGUGUGCCUGUUGUAUAUGGCGGUGACAUCAUUAUAGAGGACUAGUUCUGCCGUAGAUUGUCUAGAGGAGGAAACAUGUGGAAGACACAGGGGAAGAGUGGCCAUGUGACCCGGUGUGUCAUUUUUUAAGUUUUUUUUGCCCAUUCCUUUGUCCGCAUUAUUCUUUUCUUGUUUUUCAAUCUCACCUUGAUUAGAUCGUACUAUGCAUGAACAUUUUUGUCAGGAAUGGCCUGUGUGCAUGUAAUUUGUGAUUAGGAAGAACCUCCCAUGAACGAGGAUGAAUCAAGAAACAGCAGUAGUCUCUGAAAGAUUGCACCUUUCCUUGCAGAAAUGACCCCCACGUGUGCUAACCUCUCCGUUGGCAGCUGUAUCAUCCAUUUUCCCCCUUUCUUACUUUUUGCUUUACUGUCAACAAAAAUAGGAUUAAGAUGGGUCCACCUUUGGCACGUUCUCUUGUGGUAAGCAAUCCAAGGAAGGUCUAUAGGUAGAAAUACUUGAAAUAACUGCUAAUCCAGGAAAAGAAGAGAAUUUUAUAAAAUAUUGUAGUCCCAUGUCUGUCACAUUGGGCUGGAGGUUUACUUCGGUUCCAAGCGGCCUCCUAGGAGCCAUGGGACAAAAUGGGGAAAUAGGUUAGCAGGGGGUUCAAAAUACCAGCCAUGAAUUUAAGGAGAGUGACUCUGUUGAUUGCAAGUAAAUGGAGUCUAUUUCCUCACCACAUCUCUAUGUUAAAAUCCAAAGGAAGAAGGGACAUGCAAAGAGAUCUUAGAAGAAAAGUGCAGGCUGAGCAUGAAUCAUGUCAUUGAGCUCCUAAGUGUUUCUACAGUUCACAGAGAGCAUCUAUGGGCCCUUGGCAUUUCGUAUCCCAAGCGUCCUUCAUGCUUCCAUGCCACUUUCUCUGUGCUCAGAAGUGUCCUCGUGUGCUUGUUCACCUUUCCAAAGGAGCCCUUGACAACUCCCCAAGUUGCACUGAUUUCCCAAUUCUGUAAAAUCAGUAAGCUCACAGAGAGGAAAGAAUAGAGUCAACCCCAAGAAGUUCUCCAAAUUAUUCUCAAUUGCCUUUGAAGACCUGGACUCCUUCUUAGACUAUUUCAAUUAAAAAAAAAAAAUCCUACCAUAAUUAAAGCUCUAGAAUUUUAGUUUCAAAUUCUUCAGGCAUGGGAGUCUUGUUCUGGAGAAUUUCAGGAAUAAAUAAAAUCUUUGAUCGAGGGCAAGAAACAACAUGUUCCUCAGUAUUAAAAAUCUCUGUCAAUUUUCAGAUUGCAAAAAUAGAUGACAAUUGAGGACAAGAGGAAGUUUUCUUGCCAACUUGGUUCUGGUCACUCAUCAAGGUGACAUAUAUCAGUUAGGACAGGCUUUCUGUCCAUAGAAUGAUAGAUUUCCUUCAUAGGAAAGGCCAGCAGGCUACUCGGGGCUCCCUGCUGUGGCCACCAGAUUUGUGUCCACAGGGGCAUCUCUGGGAUGUUCAAAUGCCACCAUCCCUGUUUAUAAACUCAGAAGUGCAGUGGCGAUGCAAAGAAAGCAUGUGAACCAACAUUCCCAGCCUCAGGGAAGCCUCUCUGGGUCUUCAGAUGGUGGAAAUUGCUGAGACGUUUGACAGUGACUUUGUUUCCUGGGUCUGAGAUCAUGUCCCAUUGAGGAAGAUGCAGGGGAGCGUAGAAUAUGAAAAAUGCCUUUUUCUUACUCCGGGUUCCUUUUACAUCCUGCUCUCCCUCCUUGCCUGGUAGGACUUUUAUUUCUGAGAGUGUCUGGACAGUCUCCUGCUUUCUACAAAAUGGCACUCUGCCUGGGAAUUUGUGAAUGUGUCCCAAAGACCAAUAUGCCAUAUUUUCCUUAAGUGUGACUGUCAUGAUAGAGUUUAUCCAGGGUCAUUUGCUCUGUAACUUUUUUUUUUUUUUUUUUAGCCUGGGUUGAAAGGUAUAUGGCCCACAUUGGUAAAAAUAUAAAAUACCUAGUUUUUUUAGUCCUGGCUGCGUCCCACCAGCCACAAAGAUGUCUAUCCACAAAGGCCCAUGAAACAUUGCAGAGAAAUGCAGACAAAAGGAAAUGGCCACAUAUCACAAGUUCUAUUAUAUAUUCUUUUGUAAAUACACAUUGUACAUUACUUGGAUGUGUUCCUAAAUCAUUUACUGUCUUUAUGAGUUCAUGUCAGUUUCUUUUUUUUUAACUCUCUUAACUUACUGUGUAACAUUGUAAAUAACAUAAUGUCCUUUAUUAUUUAUAUUUAAACAUCUAACAUAGAGUUGUUUUCAUAUAAGUUUAAGAUAAAUGUCAAAAAUAUAUGUUUUUUGGUUUUUCUUUGCUUUAAAGUUAUGUAUCUUUUCCUUUUGCUUUUUUUUUUUAAGAAUAAUUUAUUGUUCAGGAGAAAGAAUGUAUAUGUAACUGAAUCUAUUUGAAGAAUGCACAUUUGAAGGCCGUGAGGUACUGAUAAACUAAAGAAUUUAUUAUCCAAAAUACUAAGCAAUAAGUAAUUGUGAUUUAUUUAAAGUUUUGUCCAUUUUCCAUGAAAGACAUACUGCAAUAAAGAUGCUACUCUGCGGAGAUCUGGGAGUGUGGGUCAGCAGACGAAGGGCCCAGUCUGUUGGACCAGCACCUUGCCUUUUGCUGAUGGCCGUGCUAAUUCAGGACCUGUUUGAUGGAUCCCGUGUUCAUCUUGUCUGUCCAUUGCUUUUGCCACCCUGCCUGUCCGCACAUCAUCUCCUGCCUGUCGGUUCUGCUUACCACUGUGUUCCUUGUUGAAGGAACCACAACCAAGCAAUAUGACUUUUUUACGUGAGAGCGUAGACAGGACAUCAUAGGGCCUGAUUGCCUGGAUCCCGAUUGUCACCAUGUUCUGUAGAGACAGCAUGUAAUUUCUUCCAACUCAUGGAAAUGUCAGUAUGGAAACCCAUUCAGUCGUGAGACGGAAACAUGUUACCGUGGUCCAAAGGAUCCAGUGGCCACCACGGCUCAAAGGCAGCCAGUCAGAACUGGGCCCUGCUAAGCUCUCCUAGAGCUUAAGUAAGUGUGCUUUCUCCAUCUGGUCUAUGAUUGAGCGAUUCGCAGUUCUAAGAGGAAAUAAGGCUAAAUUGGGUUCUUUCCUCCUCAUUCUAUCAGUAAAUCAAGCUCAGUGUCCAUCUUACUGCUCAGGGAAGGACCUAGGCAUGAGAAAUGUCCUGCAUUCUAAGACUCAGUCAUAGGAGUGAGGAUAUUCCUUCUCUUCUUGAAAUUAGCCUCAACAAAAGCCAUAUUUUAGCAAAUAGAUAUUUGCAUGAGUGAUACUUUUUGUAUAUUUCAAGCAUCUUACUCAUUAUUCCAAAUAGGGUUGGGACUUCCAAAGUGUAUGCAGUUGAGGUCAGCAGUUCUUUGGGGUGACCAUCGGCCUCCUUUGGAGUCUGAGGGUACCCUGAGUCUUCUCACCUCCGUAUCUGUGUGCAAUUCCUAUUACCUAGUGAAAGAUCCACUAGCAUCAUUUCCAAAGCCAUCUGGAUGUCUAGGAGAUUCAAGGAGGGGCCUUUGUGCUAGUUUUUUUCUAUUGGUAUUACUAAAGUUUUUAAGCUAUUCAGAAUCCUCAUAUUUGUGUUAACAUUGAUACGCACACAAAUACACACACACACACAAGCACUUACAAAUUCUUAACACACUCUCCUAAAGUCAUGACAUUCACUCACGUGUCCAAUCCACGCAUGCAGCCAUUGAGCAAAUCAAGGAGUGCACAGAAUACUUAAAAAUUAAAGGUGAAGACACUUCCCUUUGUAUUCAGCUUACAACUAAGGCUUGGUCCAUCCCCAGAAUUGAAAAUUACAGGCAGCUGUCUUAGACAUUUGGGUUAUAACUGAGUCCUUGCAUGCUCAGUCACUUCAGUCAUGUCUGACCCUUUGGGACACUUUGCACUGUAGCCUUCUAGGCUCCUCUGUCCAUGGGAUUCUUCAGGCAAGAAUACAGGAGUGGGUUGCCAUGCCCUCCUUAAGAUACAUUGAUAUUGGAGACAGAAGCAUGGGUGAUGGAGGGUGGUGUGGAGACAGCAAAGAUUCACUCACGUCCACAUUCAAUAUCUGGAUAAUGAUUACAAUCCUCCAUUUAUUUUAACCAUGUAGACACCUGAAUGUCGCACAGGCCAGCUUUGCAAACUAGCAAACAGUCUGUCUUUCCAACCUAAUAUCCUCCCCAUCAUUAGAUUUCUUGGCUCUCCGUCCUUACGAUAAAUGACAAAGAGACUUAAUGUCAGAGAUUUGGGGUGAUGUGAGGCAAUUCUGAAAUCUAGAGGUUUGGGAUGCUGGAUGGAGUGGAAAUUUUUGAUGAUCUCAUGUAGUAUCACUUUGCACUCUGACUUGCUCUUUCUGUAAUGGAUGGAAUAAAAUAAAUUGAUGGAAAUUCUUGCUCCAAAAGAUUAAUUUAGAAACAGAAAAGCUUUCCGUUUAUGAGAGAACCUUUCUGCUGCUCUAGGAAGCUGCCGUAUUCUUAACCUUUAAGAAAGGUUAACCUUGGAAAGAGUAGUCAGACCCACCUCUGUGUGUACCUGUGGCCCCUAUUAAUCUCCUGACAUAACAGUUGUUGGACUUCUCAGUGAGCUAUUGGUUUUGAACUUCAAGCUCCCAAAUAUCACCCACCAGGGAGACAGGAAAAGGGAUUUUUUUUUUAACCUGGAGAAAAUCUAUCAUGAUCUACCUAAUCCUUUUAAAACACAUCAGGAUAGGGAGACCAGUAAUUCCUAAAGAGGAAUACUGUAGGAAUCCUAAGGAAGAGACAGAAUAUAGAGUAAUAGUUCCAUCCAGGAUCAUUCCUUAACCUUCUUCCUUCAAACUGAACUUUUGGGGAUAGAAUUUGAUGAAAAAAACAACACUUCUUCCCACCCCACAACAUGUCAAAGAGGCUAGAGGAUUAUUACCUUUGUCAACAUAAACAUCUUUAAUAGAUUUAUGUGUUUGUUCUUGUGCAGAGAAACUAUUAAACAAUAACAUUUUAUGCUAUUUUAUGACUUACAACAUCCUUUAUUUCUUUAUUAUUCUCCUAAUACCCUGGGGUGUUGGUAGGUGAAAUCAUCAGGAAAACUGAGGCUCAGAAAUGUUAAAAAAAAAAAAAAAAAAACUGUCCUCAGGAUACUCAUCUAGUGAGUUGCAGAGGUAAUAUGUUUUCCCAGGUUUUCUAAUUGUAUUCCUCCCCUUCCCCUGAGCCGAGCACAAACAACUCUUUCAUUCUCAGCCCUUCAUCAUGUGCACAGUACAAGUUCCAUGCAAAACCAAGUCUCUACUUGAAAGAAUAUGAGCCCCUCUGGCUCAGCACAAGUUACUCUGGAGCCCAAUUUGCUUGGCUGAGUAACUCUAUGCUUCUUUCCCUAAAAGUCACUUCCCAAGGAAAUGAAGUGUGGCCAGGAAGAUGAAUUCACAACUUCAAUAUGUUGGUAGCAUCCUAUGGUGCAACGGGGAAGGCCUUUGCUGUCAAAGUGCUGUCCCCACCACUUAGUGACUUUGUGAAUUUGGACAGUUUCCUCCUCCAAGAUUAUUUCCUGAUCUCUAACACGGGAAUUCAAAUGACUUUACAAAGCUGUAGCGUAGUGAGAAUUACAUUUGAACACUUGGAGGAAGCUAGAAAACGUCAAGCACAUGGUGAGUAUUCAAAUGCUACCUUCCAUUUGCUCCUUCCCCUCCAGGUUAUUUUGGAAACUAAACUUUUCAGUCCCAAAUGACACAGUCUAUAUGGCACAAACUGAUCAAAUUUAUUUUAUCAUUUCUCCAAUCUAGCACCAAUAGCCAAAUCUGUUUUUAAUAACAACUGUAUGUUGAGCAGCAUUAUUUCUUAAAAAGAUAUAAAGUUGUAGCUCCAAUAAGUUCUUUUAUUUAUGUGCCUCUGGUGUAGCCACACUGCUUCCCGUAAAGUCUCUAAUUUUUAAUGACAUUGCAUUAAUGUCUCAUAAUUUCACGGAAAUUUACUGAAACAUAACUCUUGGUAGAGUUUUCAUAAUACUGUCUUCAAGCUUCAUUGCAAACAGCUGAUAAAUACAAAAGGAUCCUAAGUUGAUAUAACACCCACACAUACCCAUUUGCCUUAAUUUGCACCCAGGAUGUUCAAAUGCAACCAUUAAAUUGCAUUCUGGAUGUCCAUUUCCUUAAAAAAAACUGUAACCUAGGCAAAGAUCUGCAGUGACAAAAUUAGAGGAGUCAGCUCCCAGAUGAAGUCGUGUGCAUAUAAGAAGCCACAUUAUUUAUGGAUGGUUCUCACUCACUUCCGUUAUCUCUCCCAAAAUUCUUCACGCUCUAGUCACUCUUUAUGCAUAUACUACAGGAUACUUUUUUUUUUCUCAUUCUGAGUAUGAAGCCAUGAAUAAUUUAUAGACUUGAGCUUUUGGAUUUCACCCUUCAAAUUUGCAUCCUACAUCAAGGAUGGUGGGUGACUUGGUGUCAUUACACCCAUGAUCAGAUCUGUGAUAUAGUUAAUAUAGUUCUACUGUUAAAGGCAAGAAAGUCUAAAAUCAUUGCCCAUAUAUAAUCCUUCUUUUAAAUUAAAAUGUAUUCUAUUGAAAAUAAUCCUGACUCCCUAUGAAAAAAAAUAUAUGAGGAAGUUUUCUUAUAAUUUUAAGGAAAUAAUCUAGAUGUAAGCUUUGUAUCCUGUUCAUUAUUAGCAAUAAUCAAGAAUUAAGCAAACACUUGUUUUCGAUUGCAUGAUUUUCCUCAGGUGAUUCUUUCUUGCCUGACCUUGAGCCCUUCUCUUGAAGUGAGGUGCUUAGAGUGCUUCCCCAGGCUUGGGGGCUUCAAGCCAGGGUCGUUUUCUAGAGCCCCUCCAGCUUCCCACAGUUGAACCCAAAGUGAACUUUUCAUCUUCUUCAGAGAAUGAGUCUUCAUGGGUAUGUACUUUAGCAGCUAAUAAAGUAACAAAACAGGCAAUUUCCCCCCUGGAUCCUAGAUUCUCUGCCAUGAUGGAUCAGGAAGAGAGGAAACGCUAUGAGUGAGAGCCACUUGCUCUGAGUUCCUCAAUUCCCAGUUCCCAGGUUCCUGCUGAUGAUAAGAUGACUCUGCCCUUGUGUGAGAAGCUUCCUGCAAAGAUCCCAUCCUCCCUUCUGAAAAACCUUUUUUUGUUGUUUUCAAAAUAAACCCCUCACUUAAUAGCUGCUUAGUUCCUAGACCAUCUCUGAUCGCUCUGACUCCAAAUUCUGGAGUCAUAGGGCCAUGCGUCUUCAUAUUUUGAUCAAAAAUUUAGAAAUGAUGGAGUUUAGGAUUUAAAGUCAUUUUAUCAGACUAGGAAACCUUUCUUGAUUUGUUGUAGACACCACAGAAAAUUUUUGGACCGAGUCAGAGGACAUCCCAUUAGCUUGACCAAAAACUCUUUCACGACCUGAAGCAAUGCUGACUCCCCUCCACCUUAGGAGUAUGGAUGGCUCUGUUUGUCUGAGGAGUUAGAUCUCUAGCUAGGAUUGUGAGAGGAAGAACCUGGGGUCCUUCCCAUUAAGCUGUUAACGCAUGAGGCUUAGGGCUCCACUCGGGGUUAAAAUCAUGUCAUUUAGCAAGCAAAGGAGCAACUAAGGGAGCAUAACCCUGCCCCUGGUUAAGGGAGCCCCGUGUCCCCCAUGGAGCAAGCCAGGACCUCAGCAACCUUGUCCUCUUCUCCCUCCUCAUCUAAUCAAUGACAACAGUGACCAUACCACCGAUUCGUCACACACACGUCCUCCUCUCUGCACAAACCCCGCUGCUCUUCUCUGGGUCACUCUCAUCACAGGGCUCUGUUCACCUCUGAACUGAUCUACUUCCUUCCGCUCCCCUAGGGCAUCCUUCGCCUUCUGCCAGAAGCUUCCAAUUGCCAACCCUGUUGAGCCGUUCUCCUUCCACGGCUCCUCUCACAGCUUAACUCAGCCUGACGUGAGAGGCUCUUCCCAGGCUGGCUUCUGUCAAACUCUUCUAGCUCGUCCCCUCCUCUCACCCCUCACCCCAUCUUCUGCUUUUUUGUCUUCCAAAUACAACCCAUCAGUGUUUAUCAAACUCUGAUCAUUGCUAUACCGACUUCACGACGAUUACCAUGUUCAUGGAUCACCCGUAUUAUUUUUCGCUUAUUGUUUUUCUUUCAAUUGAUUGCAUUUUUAACAAAAAUAAAAUCAUUUGCAAUAAAACAUUGUAUCAAUGCUGUGAAUGGAAAACUGUGAUCAGUUGCCAUAAUGAAAAUAGAACUGUAAAAAUAAAUAUAAUAAAAAGGAAACAAAGUCAUCAAGCUCUGAGAAGACACUGUUGCCUGCUAAAGUAUGCUAGCUGAAAGCCUGUUCUCUUUGUGACAGCAGGGGAGAGUGGCAGGUGUUAGAUAAAUGGGAAAUAGAUUCAGGAACUCGACAAGAUUUAUUCCCUGAAUUAACCACAAUUGAGAGGCAGUUGACAGUGAGUUACUUCUACUGUUUUAUUCAAUAUUAUUUAAUGCUAGAUCCUAAAAUCACUUUGGAUGCAGCCUUCAAUCACUCACAUAUCUUACAAAACCAUACGGUGUUGUUUCUCAUAUAUCCUUGCCUUCAUGGGCACGUGUGGUUUUAUAGAAACUCCCAUCUCCUUUUUUCUACCCUUUGAUAAAAAUUUUAGUGUGAUGCACUUUAUUUCCUAUCCAAAUUUAUUGAGGUUUGAGUCAAUUUUGCAUUAUUGUAUUUUUAAAUUUGUAUUUGGCUGCACCACGUGACUUGUGGGAUCUUAGUUCCCCAACCAGAGAUCAAACUCAGGCCCAUGACAGUGAAAGCUGACAAACGCUUCUUACUCCUUCUCUGGGGAGAUAGAGGGUCCUUGUCUGGGAAUCCAUCCAUAACAAUUUCCCCCUUUUCCCAGAUUGCUCCUCUUUUAUUGACUCAAUGCAAGCCAUGCAUUCUUCUGUACAAAAAUUUUCACCUAGUCACAACUUCCAGUGAACCAAAUUCCCCCCUCAGUAGACCAUGUCCUCUUUCAAAGCAGAGAGGCUGUUUUACAUGUAUACCUAACACAGUGCCUGGAACAGUAGAUGCUGGCUGUCUAGAGAUAGAUCAUCGGCAACCAGAGACUUGGAUAUUUACAUGGGUUGGCAAGCUUGUGAAGAAUUCAAGCCAGGGGUUCCUAACCUUUUUGACAGCAGGGACCGUUUCGUGGAAGACAAUUUUUCCAUGGACUGGGUUGGGAGGAUGGUUUGGGGAAGAUUCAAGUGCAUUACAUUUAUUGGACACUUGAUUUCUAUUAUUAUUGCAUGGUGAUAUAUAAUGAAAUAAUUAUACAACUCACCAUAAUACAAAAUCAGUGGGAGCCCUGAGCUUGUUUUCCUGCAACU